CCAAAAAAAAAGCAAGAAUCAACAGGAUGCCUUGAGACACACGCAGCAUCUGGUGGAGGAUUAACAUACAUACAUGUGUAUGUAUGCGUCACGUAUAUAUUUACUGCAAAUGGUGGGGAUCGUUUAGUGCCCGAGAUGGGAGACCUGAAGUCAGGUUUUGAAGAGGUGGAUGGCGUGAGGCUCGGCUACCUCAUCAUUAAAGGAAAGCAAAUGUUUGCCCUCUCCCAAGUCUUCACGGAUCUGCUGAAAAACAUCCCGAGGACGACCGUGCACAAGCGCAUGGAUCAUCUGAAAGUGAAAAAGCACCACUGCGAUCUGGAGGAGUUGCGGAAACUCAAGGCAAUCAACAGCAUCGCCUUCCACGCCGCCAAAUGCACUCUCAUCUCCCGGGAAGACGUGGAAGCGCUCUACACCUCCUGCAAAACCGAGCGCGUCCUCAAGACCAAGCGCAGGAGGGUCGGCCGGGCCCUGGCCACAAAGGCGCCGCCGCCAGAGCGCGCCGCCGCGGCCGCCGCCGCCGCCAGCCCCCGCCCGGGUUUUUGGAAGGACAAGCACCAACUUUGGCGGGGCCUGAGCGGAGCCGCGCGGCCCCUGCCAAUCAGCGCGCAGUCCCCGCGCCCGGGCGCCGCCGUCGUGCGCCCAGCCGCCCAUCUACCUCAGAUUUUUAGCAAAUACCCGGGCUCGCACUACCCGGAAAUCGUGCGCUCGCCUUGCAAACCCCCUCUAAACUAUGAAACUGCCCCGCUCCAGGGAAACUACGUCGCUUUCCACUCGGACCCUGCUUAUUUUCGGAGCCUGCUGUGCAGCAAGCACCCGGCUGCCGCCGCCGCCGCCGCCGCCGCCGCCGCCGCCGCGGCCGCCGCGGCCGCCGCCGCCGCCUACUACCAGGCGUCGGCGGCCGGGCCCCAACCCAAGGCGGCGGCGAGCGCCGGAGGCCCCGUGAGCCUGACCUACCGGUGCAAGCGCAAGCGCGGGGGCGCCAAGGACUGCCUGCUGGAACCCCACGCCGGCGCCCGCCGCCUGCUUCUGCUGCCCAGGUCCUACAAAGCCAAGGCGGCGGCCGCGGCGGCGGCGGCGGCGGCGGCGGCCGCCGGGGCCACUUGCCUGGAGAGGUUUCAUCUGGUUAACAGCUUCUGCCCGCCUCCCCACCACCACCAUCACCACCACCACCAUCACCACCACCACCAUCACCACCACCACCACAGGGCCCAGCAGCCGCAGCCGAAUCACCACCCCCCUCAUCACCACCGGCCGCAGCCCCAUCUGGGCAGCUUUCCCGAGAGUUGCAGCAGCGACUCCGAGUCCAGCUCCUACUCGGACCAUGCAGCCAACGACUCAGAUUUUGGCUCCAGUUUGUCUAGCUCCAGCAACUCUGUGUCCUCGGAGGAAGAGGAGGAGGAGGGAGAGGAGGAGGAGGAGGAGGAAGAGGAGGAGGACGAGGAGGAGGGGGGCAGUGGGGCCUCGGAUUCCAGUGAAGUCAGCUCGGAGGAGGAGGACUCGUCCACGGAGUCGGACUCCAGCUCCGGCUCCAGCCAAGUGUCAGUGCAGAGCAUCCGUUUCAGGCGCACCAGCUUCUGCAAGCCUCCCAGCGUGCAGGCGCAGGCCAACUUCUUGUACCAUCUGGCCUCCGCCGCCGCUGCAACCAAACCCGCUGCUUUCGAGGAUGCCGGCAGACUUCCCGACCUCAAGAGUAGUGUCAAAGCGGAGUCGCCCGAGGAGUGGAAUCUGCAGAGCUGGGCCCCCAAAGCGUCUCCGGUGUACUGCCCGGCCAGCCUGGGGAGUUGUUUCGCAGAGAUAAGGAACGAUAGGGUAUCUGAGAUUACAUUCCCACACUCUGAAAUUUCCAGUACUGUAAAGAGAACUGAGCUGACAAUUAACUGCCUGGCGGAGGGGGCCUCUUCACCUAGCCCAAAGACAAACAAUGCAUUUCCACAACAAAGAAUACUCCGAGAGGCUAGGAAAUGCCUACAAGCAACUCCUACUACAUACUGUGCAGAUAACAACACAAUUGCUGCUAGGUUCUUAAGUAAUGAUUCUUCAGGAGUGGCAGCAAAUUCAGAAAAAGAUUCCAAAAUCCCUCAUUGCACUGAAUUUGCUACGGAUUUGCCCUCUUCGCCAACUGAUCCCGAGGUGGAUGCAGCAGCAGCAGCAACUAAAGCCGAGAAUCCCUGCACUGACACAGGCGACAAGACAUUGCCAUUUCUGCACAAUAUUAAAAUCAAAGUAGAAGACAGUAGUGCUAAUGAAGAAUAUGAACCUGACCUUAUUACAAAUAAGCUAAAGUGCGAGUGCAAUGAUACAAAGGGUGAGUUUUACAGUGUGACUGAAAGUAAAGAGGAGGACGCCUUGUUAACCACAGCCAAGGAAGGUUUUGCAUGCCCUGAAAAAGAAACUCCUUCCUUAAAUCCACUGGCUCAGAGUCAGGGCCUUUCAUGCACUUUAGGUUCUCCAAAACCUGAGGAUGGGGAAUAUAAAUUUGGUGCCAGGGUGAGAAAAAAUUACCGGACACUAGUACUGGGAAAGCGACCUGUACUUCAGACACCUCCAGUCAAACCAAAUCUGAAAUCAGCUAGAAGUCCUCGUCCUACAGGUAAAACUGAGACACAUGAAGGAACACUGGAUGAUUUUACAGUUAUAAACAGACGCAAAAAGGUAGCCAGCAAUGUAGCAUCAGCAGUGAAAAGGCCAUUUAAUUUCAUGGCAAAUUUUCCUUGUCCACCAUCACUCAUUAUUGGGAAGGAUGGGGAUUUGUGGCCAGCAUAUUCCUUAAACACCACUAAGGAUUCCCAACCUCCUCACAAGGCCCAUCCUAUAUGGAAAUGGCAGCUGGGCGGUUCUGCAAUACCUCUUCCACCUAGUCACAAAUUCAGGAAAUUUAAUUCAUAAAAGCGUUUUGGAAGAUAUUUUCUUGAACCAUAUUCCCUUCCUUUUGUUGUAAACUGCACAGGAUGCUUUGUACAAGUCCAUUAAUGUGUUACACCCCUUUUGGAGUCCUGGUUUAUCGCAUUUUGAAGACAGA